AAACUUGCACAGACAACCAUCCCAGCACUGCUUGCUUUCUCUCUACGAACUCUCCCCGACCUCGCUGGCAACAUGUUCGCCACGCGUUUUUCUGUCUUUUCUGUGCUUCUCCUCGCCGUUCCUACCGCCCUCGCCGCAAGCGCGACCGACUGGCGCGGAAGAGCUAUUUACCAGCUUUUAACAGACAGGUUCUCGCUGAGUACUAACCAAGCUACGUCUUGCAACACCACGCAGGCACUCUAUUGUAACGGGACAUGGAACGGGAUCACCAACCACUUGGAUUAUAUUCAAGGCAUGGGGUUCGACUCAAUUUGGAUCUCGCCCAUUGUGGCGAACGUUGAGCAGACGACGGCGUAUGGGCAGGCGUAUCAUGGGUACUGGGCUCAGGAUAUUACGAGUUUAAACCCCCACUUUGGGACGGCGGACGACCUGAAAGCGUUGAGCGCUGCACUACACAAACGCAAUAUGUAUUUGAUGGUUGACGUCGUUGUGAACCACUUCGUGAGCACAUCCAGCGUCGCCACAUCCAACAACGCAAACCUCGACUUUUCCAAACUCGUGCCCUUCUCAAAUUCAUCUGACUUCCACCCCUACUGCCUCAUAACCGACUACAACAACCAGACCAACGUCGAGCAGUGCUGGCUUGGCGACCAAUACCUGCCCCUCGUGGACUUGAACACCGAAAAUCCUAGCAUAGUUUCGACUAUGAAUAAUUGGAUCCAGGGGCUGGUGAAGAGUUAUGGGAUUGACGGGCUGCGCAUCGAUACUGCCAAACAUGUUCGCAAGGACUUCUGGCCGGCGUUCGCAAAGGCUGCGGGGGUGUUUACAAUGGGAGAGGUGUUGAUUGGGGAUGUGGGGUAUGCCGCCCCGUAUACGGAGGUAUUGGACAGUGUCCUCGACUACCCGAACUACUACACCCUCACAUCCGCAUUCGGCUCCCAAACUGGGAACUUUUCCGCACUAAUCAACACCGUCACGGCUUCCCAGAAAUCAUACUCUACGCCAUCCGUAGUCGGCUCUUUCUUGGAGAAUCAUGACAAUCCUAGGUUCCAGUCUAUCACUCAAGAUAUCUCGCUCGUUAAAAACGCCAUGACAUGGCCCUUUAUACAAGACGGAAUUCCUAUACUUUAUCAAGGACAAGAGCAGGGGUUCACGGGGGGUGCGAUGCCUGGUAAUCGAGAAGCCCUGUGGCCCACAGGAUUUGUUACAUCCAACAAGCCGUUAGUUACGCAUGUCACUACGCUCAACGCGGCGCGGAAAGCUGCUGCUGCUGCUAACAGCACGUUCCUUACCACGCCUCUAAAAUUUAUAAUCCAACAAGAUCCCUCCCUUCUCGCAGUCUCAAAACCACCCCUAGUAGCGCUCCUCAGCAACCUGGGCAGCAACUCCACCAAAUCAUCUACCUGGGUCGCCCCAGGAGUGGCGAGCGCGAACGAAGUCCUGGUAGACGUGUUAUCGUGUGCUGUCGUCAAGGCGGAUGGGAGUGGGGGCGUUAGCGUGCCUGUUGUUAAUGGGUUGCCUCAGGUUCUGAUACCCGCUUCGGCGCUGGCUAAGAAUGGCACUGUUUGUCCCUCUGUGGCGACGGGAUCCAGCAGUGGCACCUCGGGCGGGGGAAAGAAGAGUGGUGUGAUUUCGAUUCGGGGUGGAUUGGGGUUUGGAGGCAUGGAAGAUGGGUGGGUCGUGCGCAUGCUGGGUGUGGUUCUGGUGGGGUUUUUGGCUCAGGGUUGGUAGGGAUUUAGAGUGAGUGUUUAUUGGACUCCUUUGGACAUGAGUAGAUGUAGUUGCAAUUACUUAUAAUUAUUUACUCAUCAAUUAUUACUUAGUCCUGCUUACUGUACGGACGGAGCGUUAGUGGCUUUCGGUUCUGUACAUUACGGGCUUUAAUA